CUCGACUUCAUCGAUCUCUUCUCUUCACCGAUCUCUUCUCUUCACCGAGCUCUUCUCUUCACCGAUCUCUAUAGGCGAAACCGAUCUCUUCUCUUCACCGAUCUCUUCUCUUCAAUCUAAAAGGUUAGUGAAGAAAUGGGGGUAGAUUACAGCUACUCGCAGCCUUCUCAAGACGAUUCGUACGGUCAUGACUCAGGAGACAGCGGCUGCAGUGAAAUCGAAGCUGCUAUACAGAUGGACCAAGCAGAGAUUGAUGCCGCGCGUCGUCAGUAUCCUCCGCAGCCUGAAGUUGAGUUCGGAUUUCCCAAGGAAUGCUACUGCGGUGGCGAACCUCUUGUAGCGACAUCGUACACAACAAAUGAUCCUGGGAGAAGGUUUUACACAUGUGAGAACCGAGAUGACGGAGACUGCCAUGUUUGGAAGUGGUGGGAUGUGGCAGUUAUGGAGGAGAUGAGAGACAUGGGUACACAGUAUCGCCUGCUGUCUGAAAAGGUGGAUUCUCUAUCCUGUGUGACUGAGUACGAGACAUGCCUCAACCAGGUAAAGGAUCUCCAUUAUGAAACUGAGCAGAAGGUGCUAAGGCUUGAGAAGAUUGUGUUUGAGUUAGGUAAAAAGAAUGGAUUUGAAUUCAUUGUGGGUGUGAUGGUUUUUGUAGUGGUGAUAAUCGGCAUGGUCCUCAUGUUUAAGUAGAGGAGAUGGUUGUGAUAAUCGGCAUGGUCCUCAUGUUUAACUCUUGUACUCUUUUGACUCUUGCAAGUUUGUUUGUGACUCUUGCAA